CUUCCGGUUCCGGGACCCGGUUUGUUAUCGGAAAGCUUUGUGGUCUUGGCGAGCCCUCUGGAGUGAUCUCUGGGGUCUGGUGAGGGCAGGGAAUCUCCUGAAGCCAGCUGCUGCAGACAUGGCGGCCUCCACCGCAGCCGGGAAACAGCGCAUUCCCAAAGUGGCCAAGGUAAAAAAUAAAGCCCCAGCUGAAGUGCAAAUAACUGCUGAACAACUUUUACGAGAGGCUAAAGAAAGAGAACUUGAGCUUCUUCCACCUCCACCUCAACAGAAGAUCACAGAUGAAGAAGAAUUAAAUGAUUACAAACUAAGGAAAAGAAAGACUUUUGAAGAUAACAUAAGAAAAAACAGGACAGUGAUUAGUAACUGGAUAAAAUACGCACAAUGGGAAGAAAGUCUAAAGGAGAUUCAAAGGGCACGAUCCAUAUACGAGCGUGCUUUAGAUGUAGACUAUCGAAAUAUUACACUCUGGCUGAAAUAUGCAGAAAUGGAAAUGAAGAAUCGCCAAGUUAAUCAUGCCCGAAAUAUCUGGGACCGUGCCAUCACAACUCUGCCACGAGUCAACCAGUUCUGGUACAAGUACACAUACAUGGAGGAGAUGUUGGGGAACAUUGCUGGUGCCCGCCAGGUGUUUGAGCGCUGGAUGGAAUGGCAGCCUGAGGAGCAAGCUUGGCACUCCUAUAUCAACUUUGAGCUAAGAUACAAAGAGGUGGAACGGGCCCGCACAAUUUAUGAACGAUUUGUCCUUGUACACCCUGAUGUGAAGAACUGGAUCAAGUAUGCCCGCUUUGAAGAAAAACAUGCUUAUUUUGCCCAUGCACGGAAAGUGUAUGAGAGAGCUGUUGAAUUCUUUGGAGAUGAACAUAUGGAUGAACACCUUUAUGUUGCCUUUGCCAAAUUUGAGGAAAAUCAGAAAGAAUUUGAAAGGGUACGAGUCAUCUAUAAGUAUGCCCUGGAUAGAAUUCCAAAACACGAGGCCCAAGAACUCUUUAAAAAUUAUACCAUCUUUGAGAAGAAGUUUGGCGACAGGAGGGGUAUUGAAGACAUCAUCGUGAGCAAACGGAGAUUCCAGUAUGAAGAAGAAGUGAAGGCUAAUCCACACAAUUAUGAUGCAUGGUUUGAUUACUUGCGGUUGGUGGAAAGUGAUGCAGAAGCUGAAACUGUGCGUGAGGUCUAUGAGAGAGCCAUUGCCAAUGUCCCACCCAUUCAGGAGAAGAGGCACUGGAAGCGCUACAUAUAUCUUUGGAUCAACUAUGCACUCUAUGAAGAAUUAGAGGCAAAGGAUCCUGAAAGGACAAGACAGGUAUAUCAAGCCUCUUUGGAACUAAUUCCUCACAAAAAGUUCACGUUUGCCAAAAUGUGGUUAUAUUAUGCACAAUUUGAAAUAAGACAGAAAAAUUUACCAUUUGCCAGAAGAGCUUUGGGAACUUCUAUAGGCAAAUGUCCAAAGAACAAGUUAUUUAAAGGCUACAUAGAAUUGGAGCUGCAGCUUCGAGAAUUUGACAGAUGCCGGAAGCUUUAUGAAAAGUUCCUGGAAUUUGGGCCUGAAAAUUGUACCUCCUGGAUUAAAUUUGCAGAACUAGAGACAAUCCUUGGUGAUAUUGAAAGAGCCCGGGCCAUUUAUGAGUUAGCCAUUAGCCAACCACGCUUAGACAUGCCGGAGGUGCUUUGGAAAUCAUAUAUUGAUUUUGAAAUUGAACAGGAAGAAACCGAAAGAACAAGAAAUCUUUAUCGACAAUUGCUUCAGCGAACACAACAUGUCAAGGUAUGGAUCAGUUUUGCUCAGUUUGAGUUGUCUUCAGGGAAAGAAGGAAGUGUGGCUAAAUGUAGACAGAUUUAUGAAGAGGCUAACAAAACCAUGCGAAACUGUGAAGAAAAGGAAGAGAGACUUAUGCUGCUAGAAUCCUGGCGAAGCUUUGAAGAUGAAUUUGGAACAGCCUCAGAUAAGGAGAGAGUAGACAAACUCAUGCCAGAAAAAGUCAAGAAGAGAAGAAAGGUCCAGGCUGAUGAUGGGUCUGAUGCAGGAUGGGAAGAAUACUAUGAUUACAUCUUUCCAGAAGAUGCUGCCAACCAACCUAACCUCAAGCUCUUGGCCAUGGCCAAACUAUGGAAGAAACAGCAACAGGAAAAGGAGGCUGCUGAGCAAGAUCCAGAUAAGGAUGUGGAUGAGAGUGAAUCCUGAUGUUUUUUUCGUAUUGAAAAGUAUUUUAUUAUUUUUAUAAAUUGAUAGUUUGGAA